AAGGAAGGUAAGGGACUCAUGGAAGGAUCUUAUGGGGUGCCAAUGUUCGAGACUAACCCGGAGGGGAAGUAAAGGAGAGAAUUCCAAGAGAGCAAUAAAACAAGCCUUUUAUUAUCACCACAGCUGAUGAUAAGGCAAAACUGCAGUAGGGACCCACUUCAGUGGGUACAGUACCAUGCAAAUGGCCUUUGCAACAUAUGCGUAGCAAACAAAGAAUUUAUAUCUUGGCUUAUCUAAAAUUGACCAAUGGCUGAGGGUCUUCCUCACCUUCCACACCCAUUUUGGCAUAAGUGAUACCUCUGACCUCACUUGUUGAUUUUAAGCUAACUUUUGGUCUUGGAACAUUCUGGAGAAAGGCACCAGCUCACAGGAAGGGAGGGGCAUAGGCACAGGCAAAGCUACAUAGGCAAUCGUUUACUAUUUUUCUGGCUUAUGGUCCCUACACCAAGAGGCAGAGAAAACGAAUCACAGGCUCUGGCAUCAUUUGAGGACUUGGUCCUGUGUUUCUCUGAGAAGGAGUUGUGCAUCCUAGAUCCGGUCUAGUGGGCUUCAUGUGCAGACGACGCAAUGGAGACCUGUGAGAACAUGCUCUCUGGAUAUCAGCAGGAGAACAAGGACCAUGGGGAGCCCGCUGUGACAAAGCCUGACGUGGAUAGCGCAACCCAAGUGAAACAUCUGAAGAUCUUUUCCUCCUUCCAUCAGGCUGAUCAUACUGAACCUCCAACCUCAGAAUCAAAUCAAGCAGAAUGUUCUGACUGUGGGAGAAUUUGCAAAUGCCGUUCACAGUUAGACACAGAUGCCAGACUCAGCAAAGGAGACAAAUGCAUGGAAUGUGGAAACAAUAUUAAUCCGUGUUAUCAUCUACAUUCACAUCAAAAAACACACACAGAAGAGAAACCAUUUCAAUGUAUGGACUGUGGAAAGUCCUUCGGUUUUAGUAGCAAUCUGCGUCGACAUCAAAUGAUCCACACGGGAGAGAAGCCACAUAAAUGCCUGGAGUGUGGAAAGUGCUUCAGGGAGAGCGGAAGGCUUCGUUGCCAUCAAAGGACCCACACAGGAGAGAAGCCGUUCAAAUGCAUGGAGUGCGGAAAGAGCUUUAGUGACAAUCGAACAUAUAUCAAUCAUCUAAAGAUUCACACAGGGGAGAAACCAUUCAAAUGCAUGGAUUGUGGAAAGAGCUUCAUUCAGAGGGCACAUCUGCGUUCCCAUCAGAGGACCCACACAGGGGAGAAGCCAUACAAAUGCACGGAAUGCGGAAAGGGCUUCAGUGAUAAUCGGACAUGUAUUAACCAUCUAGCGACUCACUCAGGAGAGAAACGCAUUGAUACUGGGAAGAGGCCACAUAAAUGCAUGGAUUGUGGAAAGAAUUUCCGUCGGAGUGCGCAUCUGCGUAGGCAUCAACGAAUACACACAGGAGAGAAGCCAUAUCAAUGCAUGGAGUGUGGAAAGAGCUUCCGUGAUACUUCAACAUACCAUAGACAUCUAAGGAUGCACACAGGAGAAAAACCAUAUAAAUGUAUAGAAUGUGGAAAGAGCUUCGCUGACGGAGCACAACUUGGUUUGCAUCAAAGAAUGCACACAGGGGAGAAGCCAUAUAAAUGCAUGGAAUGUGGAAGGAGUUUCGGUCGGAGUAAUGCUCUGAGUUGCCAUCAACGAAUACACACAGGAGAGAAGCCAUACAAAUGCAUGGAAUGUGGAAAGAGCUUCCGUGUUAGUGGAACAUACAAUAAACAUCUGAAGACCCACACAGGGGAGAAGCCAUACAAAUGCAUGGAAUGUGGACAAAGCUUCAGUGAUAGUGGAUCAUAUAAUAAUCAUCUAAUGACCCACACAGGGGAGACGCCAUAUCAAGCCAUGGAGUGUGGAAAGAGCUUCAGUGAUAGUGGAACAUAUAAUAAUCAUGUAAGUACCUACACAGGGGAGAAGCCAUAUCAAUGCAUGGAAUGUGGAAAGUGUUUCCGUCGGAGUGCACAUGUGGAUUCCCAUCUAAGAACCCAUACAGGAGAAAAGCCAUAUACAUGCAGUGAGUGUGGAAAGAGUUUUAGGUGGAGUAUACAACUGCGUUGCCACCAAGUAUCUCAUACGGGGGAGACGCCAUUUAAAUGCAUGGAAUGUGGAAAAGGUUUCAGUGAUCGUGGAUCAUAUAAUAAUCAUGUAAGGACCCACACAGGGGAGAAGCCAUAUCAAUGCAUGGAAUGUGGGAAGAGUUUCCGUCGGAAGGGACAUGUGCGUUCCCAUCAAAGGACCCACACAGGAGAGAAACCAUAUAUGUGCUUGGAAUGUGGAAAGAGUUUCAGGUGGAGUAGGCAGCUGCAUUUCCAUAAAAUAUCCCACACGGGGGAAAUGCCAUAUAAAUGCAUGGAAUGUGGAAAGAGUUUCGGUGAUCCUGGAUCAUAUAAUAAUCAUCUAAUGGCUCAUACAGGAGAGAAACCAUAUAUGUGUAUUGAAUGUGGGAGGGCCUUCAGCAGUAUUACCUUAUGUUGUAAACAUCUAUUGACUCACAUAGGUGAAACCACGUGAAAACAUGGAAGGUGGAAUUAAAUUCAGAGGAAAUAUUCAUGUAGUUCCUGGUUCCUUAGAAUUUACCACCUUUGAAAUUCCUCGAAAUGACUUACUAAUAGCAAACCUAUUUUUUCUAUUCCAUGUGUUAGACACCUGUUCCCCUUAAUAAGUCUUGAUAUUUUUCCCAAGUAUAUAUUUUUAUAAUGACACUGAAUGGUAUCUACAAUAAAGUUGGUUUUUACAA